CCGACAUUGCUUAAAAAUUGGAGGGAGAGAGCCAUUAAAUUAGAUUUCCCGCUAAUUCGAGAUCCUUAGAUCGUUUAUCUUCGCCAAUCAAUAACCGAACUUGCAUCUGGUAUCUCAAUCGACGUUUGCGUUCCAUCGAAUGGAGGAAGAAGAAAACAAUGAGACGAUCCGACCAGAAUUCCCCACCGGCCGGGUCAAGAAGAUAAUGAAGCUAGACAAGGACAUCAACAAGGUGAACUCGGAAGCCCUCUUCCUCGUCUCUUGCUCCGCCGAGCUCUUCAUCCGAUUCCUUGCUGAGAAAUCCGCAGAGGUCGCAAAAGGGAAGAAACGGAGGAUUGUGAAGCUCGAACACAUCAGAAUCGCCGUCAAGAGGCACCGGCCGACGAGCGAUUUUCUCCUAGACUCGCUUCCUUUGCCUGCUCAGCCCUUGGAUCGUCCAAUAACUGACCAGAGCCAUUCUCGUCCUGCCGCUGAGAAACCGGUUCCAGCUGGCACUCGGCGGAUUGAUGACUUCUUCAACAAGUCAGCAAACAAAAGCCCGAGUCAGAUCGACAACGAAGAGUCGUAGAUUAUUUUUCUAUGGUAGCACUGGAAAAGUUUGGGGCCUACUUAUUAAUUGUACCAAAAGCCACUCCGAUUUGGUAUUCUUGAUUAUCUGGCUCUAAUAGAAUGAUUUCAAUUGUGGCGGUGACAGUCUUUGGCCAAAUGCGUAGGCGAAUUUGUUGAUUAUGUUAACGGAGGUGUUACGCUUGACCAGCAAAGAUUUAUUAUAUUAUUUUCCAGACUAAAUUUGCACUGAUCUUAUCUGCGUCCUCAUGCAUGAAGAUCAAUGAGUCCGAAUCAAAUUUUAAGGAGAUUUUGGGCCUGAAAAUGUUGACAAUGACACUACUGAAGCUGUUUCAUCUCUGAGACGACAAGGAAGGCUCGGUCGAUCAAACAUGCCCUCAACUUGUGCUAUUUUUCCUUCCUUCAUCAAGGACAUGCCCUGUGUUGCUGGAUAAAUGCUAUUUGAUCCCAAGCGUUGAAUUCCCUGAGAAAGCCUUCUGUUUAAAGGGAUACCAUUGCUAAAUCCUCCAUUCAAGCUCCUGUUUGAAAGCCGCCGGUUGCUGGUACCUGGCCUGGACACAAACAAAUUUUCUUGCUCAACUACUACUUGGCUUUGUACCUUCUUCUUUUCCUGUGUGAAAAAGAAGGGUAAGGAUGUUCUGGUUACUGUGAAAUGUUGAUGACGUGCAUGUCUUUAGUACGUUUAACAGGAGAAAUUCACUUGAGAAGGAAGAUCAAUUAACAGAUGCUUGUAAGAGUACGAGAAAUUGACUAGCAAAAAGAACCCAAAAAAAAAAAAAAAAAACUGAACUUGCUAUUGCAUUCUCAUCAUAUUCCUCAUACCCUUUGUCUUUGCUUCUCCUGCUCCUUUUCCUGCAUUAACAUGUUAUACUCUUCCAAAAUUGCCAGGAGAGGUACCUAGACAGCAGAAGAAGUAAUUUUCAAUCUACUAGUUUACAUGGUUUACCAAAUAAGUCUGUCGAGAUGCAUAAUACCAACUGGAGACAUAGAAUUGUAACCUUUUAGUAGUUUCAAAAUGUCAGGAAUUAAAAGAACCUAGGAGUUGGAGUGCCACUUAUUUGACGGGUUCUCCUCAAAACUAGAUUUCAGGUUUUUGAUAUUUAAAUUUAUCAUAUGCUUAUUAUAAGAAUUCAUUUAGUUUACAAUACUAAACCUGUUCAUACAAAACAGUUUGCAUUUUGAAAUUGUUGGGUGAAUAGAGAAAUUUAUGACAAGCUGGUACAUUUGCAGCCUCAAGAUUGAAGCUUUUCCUUUAUUGCAAAAGGCGUAUAUAUUUUUAUUGGUAACUUCAACUUAUGCCAAACACUCUUCAAUGUUGAAUGUGAUCAACAUCAGGUAUAAUACGUAUCAAAGAAAAAAAAGUUGGCUUAUUGUUUUUUCUUUUAGAUAAAUCAACAUAAACUUUGAAUAUGUGUUUUUUGUUUGCCUCUAGGCACGAUAACCGGACAAUGACUUACAGGAUUGACUUCUAGAUAUUAAAGCUAACAUGGGACUGCUAAUUUCGUAUCGACUUUGAAUGGAAAAAAUUGAGCAUGUGAGCCCCUGUUGUUUGAGCAUGUUGUACUGGGAUAGAGACUAAUGGCCCAAUGGGGCCUUUGACUGGAAUGAUUAUUGUCAUGCAAUCAUCAGAAAUCAUAUUUAUCCAAACAUAGCACAAGCAAGAGAAUACCUACCUCGUCAUACAAGAAAACUUUCUUUCUUUCUUCUUCCCAGCUCUUAGUCUUUGCUAUUAGUAAAUAUACCAAAGCUGCAGUUGAAACACCGCCGAAGGCACAUACUGUCAGAUAUAUUAUCAAAACUGCCAUGACUUGAGUGCCAUGUAGUAGCCUAUAAUCUUUUGGAUUCAAGAAGUUUUCCGAAUCUGUCCUUGCACUGCUCGGAAUUGGUUCACCCUCUCUUCUUUCCUCAACCGCAUCUCUCUCAAAGCUGGGGUGAUCGAGUCUAGCUGCUCUUUCAGUGUUCCUGUCAUUUUUUCUGGCUGUUCAGACGAGACUUAGUAUCAGUCCAGGAAGAGAUCGUUCACCAAGGGACAAAAGAAGAUGGGUGAAUUCAGCCUCAGCUUCUGCCAACUCCUGAUGCAGGCGAGCUCUAUUUAUAUUUGCACGAUCAACUUUUCUCCUAUUAUCUGUUUCAAUAUUGUGGUAAAAGAAGACAGAAUGAGAAUCGUAAUCAUUACUUUUGUAUAUAAAUACAAGAGAAUACAAGAAAGCUCGUGCCUUCAAUUCCUGAAGUAAAUAUCCACAUGAAGUUUCUAACACUGCAGAGCUUCUCAUUCUACCCGGCGCCUGGAAUGAACCUCUCUGAUUGUCCAUUUGAUUUGUGAGGAGCUCACAGAUACUCAAGCUGCUGUCGUGUGAAGUUCAUUAGGAUCGAGGGAAAAGUGGAGAAAGUAAGUAUGGUGGGGGUGGGAGCUUUGGAUGUGGGUUAUUGCUUAAAAGACAAGGUGACAGUGGUAGACAGCUCAAGUCAUGCUUUCUGCAACCAAUAUCGAUUGCAGCCUCA